GAGAGGAAGGAAGCACCUUUGUUCCAUUAUCAUUUCAAUUCAAAUUCAAUGGCGAUGAUGAAGAUUUAUAGUCACAAACUGAGAGCCCUGCUUUAUACUCGCCCAUUUCAUUCCGUUUCUUCUCGCAGUUUUUCGUCUUCCUCCUUUGAGAAUGUUGGAUUCAUUGGGCUGGGAAAUAUGGGAUCCAGAAUGGCAGAUAAUUUACUCAAAGCUGGAUACAAAUUGACUGUUCAUGAUGUAAACUGUAAUGCCAUGAAGAAGUACUCUGACAUGAGAGUUUCAACAAAACAAACACCAUUUGGAGUUGCAGAAGCAAGUGACGUUGUAAUCACAAUGUUGCCUUCAUCAUCUCAUGUAUUGAAUGUUUACCAUGGUCCAUAUGGCUUACUUGAAGGAGGAAAUAUCCUAAGGCCUCGGUUAUUAAUAGAUUCUUCUACUAUUGAUCCCCAAACAUCAAGAAGGCUCUCUGCGUCUAUAUCUAAUUGCUCUCUGAAGGAAAAGAGAGAGAAUUGGGAGAGCCCUGUCAUGUUGGACGCUCCUGUCUCUGGAGGUGUUGUAGCUGCAGAAGCUGGUUCACUUACUUUCAUGGUUGGUGGCUCUGAAGAUGCGUAUCUUGCUGCCAAAUCCUUACUUCUCUCGAUGGGGAAAAAUGCAAUUUUCUGUGGUGGACCAGGAAAUGGUUCAGUGGCAAAGCUAUGCAACAAUUUGGCAAUGGCUGUCAGUAUGAUUGGAGUGUCAGAGGCUCUUGCUCUUGGUCAAUCUUUAGGAAUAAGUGCCGAUGUCCUGACAAAGAUAUUUAACUCUUCAAGUGCUCGCUGUUGGAGUAGUGAUAGUUAUAAUCCAGUUCCUGGUGUGAUGCAAGGAGUGCCAUCUUCGAGGAAUUAUAGUGGUGGAUUUGCAUCCAAGCUCAUGGCUAAAGACCUAAACCUUGCAGCGGCAUCAGCAGAAGAAGUUGCUCAAAAAUGUCCAAUGACAUUUCUAGCAAAGAACAUAUAUAGAGAGAUAUGCAAGGAUGCUCAUGAAACUGAAGACUUCUCAUGCGUGUUCCGCCAUUAUUACUCUGGUAAGAAUGAACAUAAUUGGUGAUGGGCAUAAGAUAUAAAAGCAUA